CGCGACUUACACUGUACCUGGACGCGUUGACAGGGGUCCUGGAUAUUGAUACUUAGGUACUUUGGAUACCUUUGAUUGUUAACACAGCUCCCUUAAGUUGCACUAAAACAAUAAUUGUUCACGAUCUAAAUUAUCGACCUCGACGUUGCUGUGGAAUAUCAAUUGACGUAAAAUAGCUUGGAUAUCCCACGGUUUGAUGGAAAUAUAGCAACUUCGGAACAUGGCGAGGACAACCAGAUCGAAAGCGAGCGCAUCCGCCGCAAAAUCAGAUUCCAAGACAACGAGCACCCCUAACACCAAAUCGAAAUACACAUUACCUGCAGAGUCCCUAAACCCACCAAAGCUCUUCAUUCUACCUACAAAAGCUACCAAAGACGCCAGAAUAGUCUCCCUCCCAAACCCAAGAUACGGAAAGCCGACGAGGUAUCUCGUAUGUCCAGAGACAGGAAUAUAUGAAUUCACGAGGAUAGCCGCGCCCAAAUCAACCCCUAAAAGCUGGUUAAUAGAGUGCGAGAAUACGGACAAAGUCGAAGAAAAGACAUCUGAAGAUGGCGCAGAGCUUCGCGCUUAUAUCACGAAAGGAGCCGAUCUAUACGUCGCGACGCCAGUCGACCCUAUAUUUGUCCUCCUGCCCGCUUUUGCAGACCAAUCGGCCAGUACCAAGGAUGGGAAGCGAAUGUUUGUGACUAGCGACGACCACCUCGACUCUAUAAAAAGCGAUUCGUCGCAUCUGUCGGAGAUAUUACGAUGGGGUAAGGUACGGACGUUACUAGAGUCGCGAAUGGCCGCGAUAUGCGACACAGCAGAGGCAGGUGACGAGACCAUGUUCCGCUUCAGCGAAGACAAGCUUCUAGCCGAAGUCCUAGGCAAGGCGCAGAAGAUGAGCGAACAGCCAUUACCGAAGAGUAUGGAGGAUAAAUUCGUGACGAAGACACUGGAAGCGCCAGUCGUGGGCGUGAAAAGGGAGGUCACAACUACAUCGACUACCGAGCAAACAAAAGCAGAAACACAAACAGAAACAUCCGCACCAGCCUCAGGGGCGUCAACCCCCAAGCUUGAAUCUAGCGAUACCCAGUCCUCCGCCUCCUCCACCGAAACCAGCACAACAACCGCCUCCGACGCGUCCACGGCCGCAACCUCCGUCGCCGCCGCCGCGGAAGAAAUCCCCACAGUCCAAGCCUCGGCCGAAGUCGUGAAACUGCAAAGACUGCGCACGGCCUUCGCCUUCAUCUGCUCGGCGUACAUCGCGCCGGCGCAAGCCGCGCCGCUGCAAGAACGGCUCGCGACGAAGGUGGACUUCGCGCCGCUGAACGCGUACCUAGCGCAGAUCAACCAGCUACGGCAGGAGGCGGCGGCCGCGCGCGGGAUGGGCGAUUACUCGCGCAAGCGGGUGCUGGACGAGGAGGAGGUGGCGGAGCGCCGCGAGAGCAAGAAGAGGAAGGAGGAGGAGGAGAAGAGGAAGAAGGCCGGCGAGAGCAGGGGCGUGAGGGAUCUGAAGAAGGUGAAUACGGCGGGGAUGAAGAAGAUGAGCGACUUCUUCAAGAAGAAAUAGGUCAUAGAAAUAGAAAAAGAAAUAGAUUUGGACCGAGGGUUGGAAGUAGUAGGAAUAGGCGUUAAGUCACAAGGCGGGAUCGUCAUCUGUAAAGUAUUUGUGCUACGUAACUCGUAGGCUACA